GUUGCUUUGUCAAUUAAAAUUUUUUCAAGAUUCAAAGCCCAGCAACGCGGGCAUAAAUACUAGUAUGUGAUAGUAUAAAGUACUAUAAACAUAAACAUAAACAACAUAAUAUAAACAUUAAGCAGACACGCACCGCACCGCCUUUGUGUCCUACGUUUGUAGAAGCUUAUAGAAGAAGGAGCUUCCAUAUAAACAACAAUCCCAAGAAAUUUUCUUCCCUUUGUGAUAACAAUAGACAAAGAAUAUUACGCUACUCAUCAUCAUUAUUAUGGACGACCCAGAAAGAAUAUUGGAUGCUUAUAUACAUGAUUAUCUUGUAAAGAGGAGAUACAGUGCCACUUCCAGGAUAUUUCAAGCAGAAGCUGCAGUACCCUGCAACAGUACUGUUAUUGAUGCUCCAGGCGGUUUUCUUUAUGAAUGGUGGUCUGUGUUUUGGGAUAUAUUUAUUGCUAGGUACAAGUUGCAAGUUCCUGGAGUCUUAUCAAACAGUGAGACUCAAGUUACUCAUGAACAAGAGAAUCCACAACAACGGCACCAACAUUCCCUGGAAUCUCGAAGGAACUUGCAGAUGAAUGAAUACCUACUGCAAGGAAAAAUACAACAGCAGCAUCAGCAGUUGCUGGGGCAACAGAGGCGGAAGGAGAUUGAAAUGGACCAUAGAGCUCAUGACCUCUGUUCAAGGCAACCGGAUAUUAUGGCCAUAGAUGCAAAUAAAGCCUUAACAAUGAAUUCUCUCGCAGGACAGUCUAGAAAUAUUCGGAAUUCUCCAUCAGCAGGCAUUUCUUACCUUCAUCCGUCGAUAAAUGAAGGGGUCACCAAUACGCCCUUGGAGGGACAUCCAUUAAACGUCCGAGAUCACUUUCAACACAGACUUCAGCAGCAGCAGCAGCUGAAUUCUUUGUUGCGAUUUCCUCAAGCUAUGAAUCAAUAUCAGCCGCUAGAAAAUUAUAUACUUCAAGCACAGCAAAAAUCACUAUUACCUACUGGUAGUCUGGAGACUAGGCAACUGGGUAUGGUUCUUAAUGAACAGGUUACAGGCAGUUCAAAUGAUGGAAAGUUAUUUUCUGCUAGUGAAGUAGUUCCCAAUGAAGGUUCAGGUUUGCAAGAAGGGUACCCUCUUUCUGCUAGUGGGGAUGGAGAUGUGCUUACUAAGCAAACACAGCACAACAAUGAACACCGCCAACAAAGUCGGCAGGGUGCGAUUAGAAAAAAAUCACAAAAUUCAGAUUGCACCCUUUACAGAAAUGAUAAAGAAGGUUUUGGUGGCAGCAGCACAAUGUUUGAUGAUAGCUUGUCAAACAGCAGUCAACGAAAUGAUCAGGCUUCUAAAAACAAAACUGGGCAAAAGAGAAAGAUAUCCUCGUCAGCUCAUGCCAGAAAAGCAGUAACAACAAGCACUGCAGGUCCAUCCCCAACUGCAUUACCAGCAUCAUCUUCCUCGCACAGAGCGGUAGAUAGUCCACGAUUUUCUCGAUCUUCAUGUUUGCUUGGAAAUUAUGGUGGGGGAAAACAUGCAUCAGGCGCAUUGUCUACUCCAUUGGAUUGCUUUGCCGGUGGUCAAUCUCUUGAAGUCAAUGACAAUACAAAUAUGAUAUCUAACAGUGCAGAUCAUCAGGUUGAUCCAGGCGAAGGUGGUAGCACAUUUUCGGAAAUUGGGCAAAUCAGUGCAGCUUGUCAAGUUAAUUUUUGUAAUCUGUCAACAGACGGGAAACUGCUUGUGACAGGCGGCGGGUAUGAUAAAAAGGCCAACUUAUGGUCCACAGAUUUGGGGGAACUGAGAGGUGUCUUUGAAGAACAUUCUGAUGAGAUUUCUGAUGCUUGUUUCUCACCGCAGAGGCCUUGUAUUGCUACAUCUUCACUUGACAAAACUGUCAAGGUGUGGGAUGUUGAAAAACCAAGUUAUUCGCUACAAACCUUUUGUGGGCACUCUGCCCCUGUGACGUCGAUUGAUUACCAUCCGAUCAAUGGAGAUCUCAUAUGUUCUUGUGAUAGUGUAAACGAGAUUCGAUACUGGAGUGUUAAGAAUGGUGAAUGUGAUCGAGUUUUAAAGGGUGGUGGAACUAAGGUGAGGUUUCAACCUAAUCAUGGAAGGUAUAUUGCAUCUGUAGGAAGUGGAUUAUCUCUACUUGAUGUAGAGACCACCCAAGUGGUUUCUAAUCAAUUUGAGGUCAUACAGGGUCAUGCACUAAACAUACAGUCUGUUUGCUGGGAUUUUUCUGGUGAAUUUCUCGCAUCAAUUAGUGAAGAUCGGAUUAGAGUUUGGAAAAUCGGCUCUGGGGCACAACCUGACUGCAUUCAUGAAUUAAGCUUUUCUGGAAAACAAUUUCACUGUUGUGUUUUCCAUCCCCAUUACCGCGCGUUAUUGGUGGUUGGCUGCUCUCAGUCUCUGGAUCUUUGGAACAUGGUUGAAAACCGGUUGAUGACUCCAGUUGUGGAACCAGUUUGUGCAUUAGCAGUAUCAGAAACCAGCGGCUUGGUAGCUUCAGCUUCUUGGGACAAUGGUGUUAAGAUGUGGAAAUGGAUCUGAUGUUUGUGGUCAAGACAUGUAGCCCAUCACAUAUUGGUUUAAUAUGUACAUGCAACUCUAGCUGCUAAAUAUGAAUAUAUAUAAUAUUGCAUGCAUGGUGAAUCCAGUUGUGCUCGACAGUUGCUGUUCAUAUCCCAAAUUUUGUAAACAAUUGAUUCUUCCGUCGUUAAGUCGUUCUAGAUGGGAAGUGAAGUGAUGCACAUAUAUGUUGAACAAGUGGAUCAUCUUUUUUUGAUGUUAUGGAAGUUCUUUUUGUUGUGGAUCA